CGCAAGCGGCGAGGAAAACAGGACCGAAGAAACGGCCGGUCGCCACCCGCGACCCGGGAGGAGGGCGAGCCCGCCGAGGCGGAAGGCGCCUCGAGAUCUCCUCCCCGCGGCUCGCGGGUCAGAAGCAGCAAGUCGCAUUUCUAAAGUUCAUCGUCGUCCCCGCCUGCAAAAGAUCUGGUCUGCCGUGGCAUCCUCGUCCACCUAAUCUCCUUUCCAUUCUCCGGAAUCCCAAUCCGGCAAUUCCCAAAUCCGCGCGCCCAGUGAACCCCGUCCGUACCGCGGGUUUGACUCUCGAAGGCGUCCAGAUCCGGCGUCCUCCCACCUCCGGCAACCGCCCGCGAUAAAUCACCCACCGCGCCUCACCCGUGGCGUCCCCACACACCACAGGAAGCGUCUGAAAGAAUUAGAAACGCUUCAUGUGACUGAUCGGUUGGCAGCUCCGGCUCAUGAAGCUCCAGCAGCAAGUUUAGCGAGCACAUCGUGUGCUUGCCACUUGUUGAUUAGUCAUCGUCAUCGAGGUGCUGGAGUUGUCACGUUGUGGUAGUUGAGAGGGAUCUGUCCAACUUCCAACAGCUGCGAGGAAAGCUUCCUGAGAUGUCUAAUCUCUCAGACCUUUCAAAAGAAGAUGCUUCACCAGAGGGUUCAGGUACUAUACAGAAAACUGGAGCCUGGAGUAACACAUUGAACACUCUUCUGCAGCAAGCCUCAGUCUAUGGUGUUGCUGCUGGGUAUUGUCUAUCAGCAUCUCUGCUUUCCAUCAUCAACAAAUGGGCAGUCAUGAAAUUUCCCUAUCCUGGAGCUCUGACAGCUCUGCAGUACUUCACUAGUGUUGCUGGAGUUCUCCUCUGUGGACAGCUAAAGCUCAUUGAGCAUGAUGGCCUCAAUUUGAGGACUAUGUGGAAGUUCUUACCUGCUGCUGUGAUGUUCUAUAUUUCCAUCUUCACAAACAGUGAACUCCUGCUGCAUGCCAAUGUGGACACUUUCAUCGUGUUCCGCUCUGCUGUGCCAAUAUUUGUUGCCAUCGGAGAGACGCUGUAUCUUCAUCAGCCAUGGCCAUCGCUGAAGACAUGGCUUUCACUUUCCACUAUACUUGGCGGAAGUGUAAUCUAUGUUUUCACAGACAACCAAUUCACUGUAACCGCUUACACCUGGGCGGUGGCCUACCUAGCAAGUAUGUCCAUUGAUUUUGUGUACAUCAAGCAUGUUGUCAUGACCAUUGGGCUGAACACAUGGGGCCUUGUGCUAUACAACAACCUUGAGGCUUUGAUGCUGUUCCCCCUUGAGCUCCUUAUAAUGGGAGAGUUUGAUCAGAUGAAGGUUGACAGCUCCAAAGUGUCAAAUUGGCUUUCAUUUGACGUGGUCCUCCCCGUUGCUCUCUCAUGCCUAUUUGGGCUGUCGAUAUCCUUCUUCGGGUUCUCCUGCAGACGGGCUAUCUCUGCUACUGGGUUCACAGUACUUGGCAUAGUGAACAAACUCCUGACUGUGGUGAUUAAUCUGCUUAUCUGGGACAAGCAUGCCUCUUUUGUGGGUACCAUUGGGCUCCUGAUAUGCAUGUCAGGUGGUGUACUCUACCAGCAAUCCACCACAAAACCGAAAUCACCAAAGGUUGAGCUGAAGGAAGAGACUGAUGAGGAGCAGCAGAAAUUGCUGCAGAUGCAGGGAGGGCAAGAGAGCAAUUCAACUCAAAAGUAAAGCUCCUCAUAAACCUGAAGAGAAGUUCACCAUUGAUGCGGUACCUCCUUCGCAACAGCCUCACCUGAACACUUGGGUACCGGUUAAUACUUGGAAACAAACAUAUGGAUGGUAGUCCUGGACUAGGGGCUGCAAAAUCUCGAAAUGUUUUAGAUAUUACUCUCUCCAUUCAUCUAUUCAAGGCUCUUUUAGUCUUUCCUCGUUAAUCACCAUAUGUAAUUAAGCCUCAUUAAUCGGUAACUCUCCACGGAUCCGUUGUGCACA